AUGACGAUGGCGCCAUCAAGGGGGAUUAGUUUAUGGUGCGCUCGAUACACGUUGCCUAGAUGCCUCAUUUCGUGUGAGAAAGUGCUCGUCCCACGGCGGAGCUACUCGUCGCGUCCGGAGGCGCUCUUUUCUGCAAAGUCAGAUGGCGGCUUCCCUCUGCAACACACGCAACACAGCUCACAGACACGACAUUUUGGACGCAGCAGUGUGCUGUCUCAUCGGCGGCACUUCUCGUCUUUUACGGAGAGGCUCGCCGACCCGGCCAACAAGCUGCAGUCGUACAUUUCCCACAGCAAUGACCCGUAUCUCAACCUCAGCAUCGAAGACCACAUCCUGCGCAAGUCUCCGCCGGACAGCACCAUCCUCUUUCUCUAUGUCAACAGGCCUUGCCUAGUCAUUGGUCGCAAUCAGAACCCAUGGACCGAGGUGAACUUGGCCAUGCUCAGCGCUCAGACCGAGUCACCAGGCAUAGGCGCCGUCGACCUCGUACGCCGCCGCUCUGGAGGAGGGACCGUCUUCCAUGACCAAGGCAAUCUCAAUUGGAGCAUAACGUGCCCGCGCGGCGAUUUCACGAGAGACAAACACGCCGAGAUGGUCGUCCGCGCAUUGCGCAAACAGGGCAUCGACCGCGCCAGAGUCAACGAGCGACACGACAUCGUCCUUGAUCAAGGCCACAAGAAGCAUGACUCUGAUCUUGAAGACACGCAUCGCACGCCUUACACCCUCGACGAGGGUGUGCCGCCCAGGCCUCUGAAGGUGUCCGGCUCGGCAUACAAGCUUACGCGCCAGAGAGCUCUGCACCAUGCCACAACGCUGCUCAGCUCGCCUAAUCUCCGCAUCAUCUCGCAAUACCUGCGAUCCCCAGCGAAGAACAGCAUACAAGCCAAGGGUGUUGAAAGCGUCAGCUCGCCCAUCAGCAACAUCGGUCUAGACGUGAAGGCGUUCCAGAAACGUUUGCGAGAAGAGUUUGCGCACAUGUAUGCUGACCUUGGACAACCAAGCAUUGUGGAAUCCGUAGGCGAUGAUUAUCUCGCUAUCCCUGACAUCAAGAAAGGAUACGAGGAGUUGCGGACUGAAGAGUGGAUGUGGUCUCAAACACCACAAUUCGAUGUAGAGAUCGAUGUCAAAGACGAGGUCUCCAUUCAUAUGAAUGUGCACCACGGUGUCGUCAAGAGCUUCGAUACCGUCGAUAUUAGCCGCGAAUCUGACACCCAUGCUGACAUUCGGGAUGCCCUGCUCGGCCAGACAUUACAAAGUAUACGCGACUGGACCAUGUUCCUUCACUCACGCGUCGAACCAUGGGAUGCUCAGGCUGCCAGCAUCGCCAAGCGCCUGGAUGAACUUGUACCAAUCCCCGACUUUCCCAGCUCUAGGACCUGA